GUUGACGAUAGAAGUGGAGUCUUCACUAAAAAGUAGGAUUGGAAUUGUGUGAUCAUGGCGCUUAAAAGAAUGGAUUAGAUGUUUGCCUUCUCUGCAGAUGCAUUUCCCCUCCUGCCCACAUCUCUGGGCACCGAGAUUGACAGAAGCCGUACCGUAAGGUGAUCGAGAUGUCAUUUUGGCAAUAUGAAGAUCACAAGCGAAACAGAGAGCUUCUGAACUAGAGAUUCCAGAGAAACAGCGGACCAGUUCUGGAAUUCCACGAGCAGCUCGAUGGCGCCGGGACAGCUGGCGAUGGCAUAGAAAAAUUGGAUUUUUACGGCGAAUCGAAGGUUGGCGAGAGGUUCGAGGAUGGGAAUCGGCCCCCACUCGUGUGCUCUCUUGCUCUCCCGGCCUCUCUGCCUUUCCCUUUCAUGAAUCGUCUUUAAGAAGCGUUCUCCACCUCCCCUGUCAUCGUCCGCUGUGCUGUAGCCGAAGAAGGAAACAAAAGGCGACCCCUGGAAAGAAAGGAAUCGGGGGAGAUAUGGGAAUGUCGGUUCCCGUGUCUCUUUGAUGCGAAUCGUAGGUUUCCCGAUCUAAAUAAAGAUGCCAUCUUUGAUUGUUCUCUAGGUUUUCGGAGGAGCUGGAGACCUCCCUUCUCCGUCCAUUGCGCUGUGUGAUCUUUGAAAUCGUUUAGCAUUUAUAGUUCCUUUUAUCAUUCGUUCAAGAAGAUAUAGAAAUCCCUCUACAAGGAAAUAAAGUUGGGCUAUUCACGGUUGACGUAAGAUCUUCUCCUUGUUUUUAGUUAGGGCAAUCUAGGGUUUCAGCACGCAUCCAGGUUCUGGGGAACAAUUUAACCCCAAGCCUCAAUCUUUAGCAUCUUCAUUGCAGGUCUGUUCACUGCUCAUGAUUCUAUUUUGCGAUUUUUGGGAAGGUUAAAAGAAUCCAUUUUCCACCACUGAAAUCUAUGAAUAAUUGGUGGGGCUUUACUAUUCACUUUGCUUCUCUCCAUUUCCACCCACUGAAGUCUCUGAGUUCUUUUGUUGGAUUGCCUUAGUGGUUGUGUAGUUCCAUUUCUGAUAUGCCAUACAUUUGGUGAGACAUAUCAUUUUGUCGAGUAGAGAUUGCCUUGCCUUGACAAGUCCCGACUCUAUCCUCUUCCUCUUCGUUUCUUUUGCCGUAAAGCACUUUGGUGUUCUUAAUUUUGAUCUCUUCUCAAUUAGGAGAUUGUAAGGAACUUGAGUUUUUUGGGUGUGUUUUCUGGGAGGAGUAGAGAAGACAACUGCAGAAUGCCGAGGCAUGAUUCAGGUGUGAACGAACUCCUGGAAGGACAUGGCGGUAUCCAAAAGCGAUUCUCUUCUUCACCUUCAUCGACAUCUUAUAUGUCGAAGAAUUACCGCUUUAAGAGAACAGUUUUGGUUGGGAAGAGGAAAGGAUCAACCACGCCAGUUCCCUUGUGGAGAAUGAAUGCUAGAUCACCAUGCUCGGCUGCAAGCUUUUCUGAAACAUCUCUGCACCAGCCAUCCAAAGGCGGUGCCAAAGAAUCCCAAACAUCAGUAUCAGCUCGGAAGCUAGCCAAUGCUCUUUGGGAACUGAACCAUACACCUUCACCAGAAAUUAUCAGGGAUCGACAUGAGAGAAAAUUGCCAAUGGAUAUCAUGAGAAAAGACAGGACAUCUGGGUCUUUCGGGGCUGGUUCUCUGUCUUAUCAUUUAUCCAACCGAUUACACAGCCCUAUCUCAGAACUAUGUAAUCGACCUCGAUCAAGUAGUCACAGGAAGAUGUUGCCACCGGUUCAUCAGAAGUUUCACUGUAAGGAGCACAAUCAUGUAAUUUCCGAUUUGCUGAGCAAGGUCGACUUAAUGGAGUCUGAAGCAUGUUUUCAAGGCCUGGUUCCAAGAAGCUCACUUGGAGGAAGAAAGAAUUAUUUGAAGGAGUUGCAAAAUGGCUUGGUGACAUCAAAAGAGCUUUUAAAAAUAUUGGUCCAUUUCUGUGGAAUAGGAAAGCAGCAACCAUCUGCAGUUUCUCUUGCUACAGCCCUUUACUGUCAGCUCGAUCGGGCCCUUGUGCAGGUUAAUCAGCUUAUCCAAGAAAAAAGAUCUGAUCACACUGGAAUUAGAUACAUCAUGAAGCAGUUAGUGGAAGAAAAGGAAGCUUGGCAGAACAAGAAACGGGAAGGAACAAAAGCUUCUCUUCGAUCCAUGAUUGAGGAGCUUGAGACAGAAAGAAAAUUGAGAAGAAGAGCUGAGAGAAUCAGCAAGAAACUCGAAGUCGAGUUAUCCCAAUUGAAGAAUUCACUGGUGGAUGCAGGUAAAGAGCUCGAGAACGAAAGGAGAACAAGAGAAAUAAUUGAACAAGUUUGUAGUGAAAUGAUAAGGGGAAUUGGUGAGGACAAGGCUGAAGUAGAAGAACUGAAGAGAGAAUCUGCCAAGGUACGAGAAGAGCUGGAGAAGGAGAGAGAAAUGCUCCAGCUUGCUGAUGAAUGGCGCGAGGAAAGAGUUCAGAUGAAGCUCUCUGAAGCCAAAUGCCAAUUUGAGGAGAAAAAUGCAGCUGUUGACCAACUGAGGCACGAGCUCGAAGCAUUUCUAGCAGCUAAAAGAACAGAAGUUGUAAGUACACAACAGAGUGUCGCUGAUGGCCAGGACAGUGAUCGCCAAAUGCAAGUGGUUCAUCCAAGCAGAAGCAGCAAGUUGACUAAUCUAACUGUGGAUGGAAGAGACACCAGUGGAGAAAAGGAUCAAGAAGAGAACGAUGGGACAGACUCAGAAGAUAGUGAUUUGCAUUCAAUUGAACUCAAUAUUAACAAUGGCUACAGUUGGAGCCAUGCCUCUGGAGUGACCGAAGAUGAAAGGAAAGUAGCUUUAGCUAAAGAACAUGUAUCCUGUGGUGAAUUUUCUUCCGACAGAGACAUGACCAAAGGAAACUUUGCAAGGAACUUCCAGCAUAUGGAUGACAAUUUGGAUGGAGGAAGACCAGUUGGCGACAGCAGUCUCAUAGAUGAGGCCCAGAUGCUGGACCAAAUUGGGGAUCGAUACUUAUCAGCAGAAGAAUUGAGAGAUCAAACUUCAGCAGGUUCUAGAAUUUUUCUUCCCCAUGGGCUAUUGAACUCAACAAGACAAUGCAUCAGACAACAAGCUUCACACAGCAUAGGCGACCAGGCUUGUGUAGGAUCAAAAGUUGCUGAGGUGGUGAAAGCAAUUAGGGAGAGUGAAUCAAAGGCAAGUUUGGUGAGGAAGAACAAGAUUCGCUCCCAGUUGCAGAUGGCUACCAUUCAAUAGUCUUUUCCGACGAAGAUUUUCUUUUUCAAUGUCAAUUCCAUCAAGAACAACAGCAUCACAGAUAUGAGAAUUUUCUUUUUCCAAGUCAAGUCCAUCAAGAACAACAGCAUCACAGAUGUGAGAAUUUACUUUGUAUAUCUGAACUGUGGGGUGUAAUGGUAAGGCAAGCAUGAAAGCAGCUAUCUUGUAUCGAACUUGAGGUUGGACUUUCCCAUUGUAUUGAUCAAAUGAUUACUUUCCAAAUUGCCUCUUAUGCACCAUUGUGGAGCAGAGGAUUGCGUUGUUGUGAUGCUUAGCAGAAUGAACGCUUUUUUCACCUGGAUCUUGUGGCAGAUAACCUUUCAUUAGGAACUUGAAGGCACUGUUUGUAAUAUCUUAUUUUUAAUUCCAGAAAUACCAUAUA